ACUGAAAGAAAACAGGCUUUUUGUAUGAUUACGGAUUACCUAUUGCAAGGGGACGCAACCCCAAUAGUUUCUUGGCUAUAAAUUGGUGCUUUCAACAAGGGAACUUGAGUCUUGGACUCAACGCUCCACUUCUCUCUUUUGAUUCAAUUUCUAUAUAUUUGGGUUUCAAGAGGAGGAGGAAGGAAAAGAAGAGACAAAAUGGCCGUGGGAGGUUUCGCCGUGGACGGACCCGGCACGGGUACCGGCUUCCAAGGCAAGAUAACAGCUUCAGUGGUAAUCACAUGCAUCGUUGCUGCUUCCAGUGGCCUCAUAUUCGGAUAUGACAUCGGAAUUUCAGGAGGCGUAACUACAAUGGUACCAUUUUUGAGAAAAUUCUUCCCGUCAGUACUGAGAAAGGCAGCAGAAGCCAAGACAAACAUAUAUUGCGUGUUUGAUAGCCAGGUUUUAACAUCAUUCACAUCUUCACUCUACAUAGCAGGGCUGGCAUCCUCCCUUGUAGCCAGCCGACUCACAGCAGCAAUUGGCCGCAAAAAUACCAUGGUGCUUGGUGGCUGCACCUUUCUUACAGGUGCUGCCAUCAAUGGCGGGGCGGCCAAUAUUGCCAUGCUUAUCUUGGGCCGUAUCUUGCUCGGUUUCGGGGUUGGUUUCACAAACCAGGCAACUCCGGUGUACCUCUCGGAGGUGGCACCACCCAAAUGGCGAGGUGCAUUCAACACAGGUUUCCAAUUCUUUAUCGGUGUUGGGGUAGUUGCAGCCAAUUGUAUAAACUACGGCACUGCCAAGCACAGCUGGGGGUGGCGUCUCUCCCUCGGUCUUGCCAUGGUACCUGCUGCUAUUAUGACAGUAGGGGCACUUAUUAUCACAGACACGCCCAGCAGCCUCGUGGAACGAGGCAAGCUCACGCAAGCUAAGCAAUCCCUUGUCAAAGUUCGAGGUUCUGAUGAUGCAGACGUGGAAGCUGAACUGGCUGAUCUCAUCAAGUCGAGUGAAGUUUCUAAAGCGGCUAAAAGGGAGCCAUUUGUGACUAUAUUCGACAGGCAAUACCGACCACACCUUGUAAUGUCGAUUGCGAUACCAUUUUUUCAGCAGGUGACUGGGAUAAAUAUCAUUGCGUUCUAUGCACCAGUUCUUUUCCAAUCGGUGGGUUUUGGCAACGACUCAGCCUUAAUAGCAGCCAUUAUACUCGGGGUGGUCAACUUGUGCUCAAUCCUUGUGUCCACGUUCGUCGUUGAUAGGUAUGGCCGAAGAUUUCUGUUCAUGGUGGGUGGGAUUCAAAUGUUUUUGUGCCAGGUCGCCGUGGCUGCUGUGCUAGCAGCUACAACAGGUGUUUCGGGCACGAAGCAUAUCUCAAAGGGCUACGCUAUAUUGGUACUGGUUCUAAUGUGCAUCUACGCUGCCGGUUUUGGUUGGUCAUGGGGCCCUCUGAGCUGGCUCAUUCCGAGCGAAAUAUUUCCAAUGAAAAUCCGGCUCACAGGCCAAAGCAUUAGCGUUGCUGUGAACUUCGGAACUACGUUUGUGCUAUCUCAAACAUUUUUAUCCAUGCUAUGCCACUUCAAAUAUGGCACUUUCCUGUUUUAUGCCGGCUGGAUCGCGGCUAUGACUAUUUUUGUUGCACUUUUCUUGCCGGAGACAAAAGGAAUACAUUUAGAUUCGAUGUAUGAAGUGUGGGAGCGGCACUGGUAUUGGCGCCGCUUUGUGCGGAGGCAGCCCUAGGUCACGCCACAAAUGCUAUUUAAAAAUUUGGCUCUCUGCUGUGCUGCUUUGCUGGGUGCAGAAAUCCUGGCUUGGCAUUUACGAAUACACCAAUGUUGCUUGGCAACAUACAAUUCUGUGUUUCUCACAAAAAAGAAAAAACAUACAAUUCUGUGAGAAAAUAUGUAUGUUGGAUUAUUUGUACUUUUUUUUAGAUAAAUGUUGUUCUUCA